GCGGAGGUGCAUCACGUGAUAGGGUUGUGAAAAGGCCUGAGGAAAACAACCCUGAACGAAAAAGGAAAGGGACGAGAAAAACGCGAAGUUUUUACCCUUUUUUGUCGGCUUUUUUCGCCACUUUAGUGGCUCAAGAGACAGCUGACAACCCCGGGAAGACAUCAUGGCGGAGACAUACGUCCUAAACGUCGAUUUUAACGGCGAAUGCAACGUUUUUCACGUCUCUUACGCCACCACUUGGGAAACCGUCGACAUGUUGCUCAAGGUGAACUGUGGAGAAGAAAUUAAAGUGACCUACACGGAUGAAGAAAACGAUCAGGUGUGCAUUAACAGCCAAGUCGAGUUGGAAGAAGCGCUGAAAUGCGCCCGCAACGGUAACGACGUCCUGUCCGUGCAAGUGGUGGAAACUCUGCGUACACCGCCUGAGAACAGUAUCAGUCGCGACGACGGCUCGUCGGUACACGAAGAAGUGGCAUCCAUUCCCGACCAGCCCGCGCCAGUCCCCGAGCUUGUUCUCGUGACCGACGAGCCGACCAAACUGAGCGAAUUCCCCAAACCUAUCGAAGAGCAACCACAAGCUGACAAGACUAAAACUAAGACACGUGAACAGCGAACGUUUGAAGGUGUCAUGAGAACAUUUGAGCGGACGGACAAGCAGAAACAGAAGGCCACUCCUACUGACAACAAGGAAGGAGAAGAAUCCAUGGAUAAAAGUGGGAGCAGAACUCCAUACCAGCUGUUUUUAGACACCCCAAUACCUGUGCAGAUGGACAGUGUUACACCUGACAUCACUGUUACCGACCAUACAUACAGCAAGACCCCCGAGGAGCUGCAAAAACUGCCUGAUGGGGCCCAGCUUGGACAGGAGGUGCUACCUUCCGUGUCUGGACUCCCGCGACCGUCCAAGACAGACAUUCCGAGGUCCCGUGUUUGCAAGCGGAAGGCCAAGAGUUACUACGCCAGCCUUGUAGAGAGCAUGGGCGCGACGCGGGCCGCCAAGAUGGCGGCUCUCAUCGGUCCACAGGUUGGUGAUGGGGCUGACCAAGCAGAUGGGCGGAUGCACGUGGCACGUUGCCUGAUGCGCUCACAGAGCCUCCCCGACAGUGAGAAGCCUCCAAAGUGGUUUGUGGACUUCAUGAAAGAGUUCAAAGAGGAAACUGGGAAGGAGAUCACCAUGGAGGUGCUAAGGAGCAUCAAGGAAACCAACUCCUCCCCAGGGAGCCUGGAGGGGCCUUCAUCCCCUCCUCCUGUCCCAGGCACAGCCGUUCCAGUGCCUGCAAAUCUGGAAACAAAUGGCUCAGCUGCCUAUGUUCAUACAGGAAUCAUCUGUGACCAGUGUGAACAGAUCAUUGUCGGGAUACGCUACAAGUGCGCGAACUGCAGUGAUUUUGACCUGUGCGAGGCAUGUGAGCAGGUCACUGCUCACACCCCCACUCACGUGUUCCUGAAGAUGCGCACACCUGCCUUCGGCGCCGGCCGGAAGAACGGCAAGAUGGUGCCGCUCCUCAAGAACUCACUGUACCGGGACGAAGCAGAGGAGACCGUGCAGAGUGAAACUCCAGUGGCGAGCGCAAAGCCUGCGAGCGAAACAAGAGAAGCGGUCGUCCCGUCUCCCGCCAAGCCCGUUCACGAGGCCCGCGUGCGCGAGGAGUGCAAGAAGAUCAAGGAGAUGAAAGCCAAGGAGUUGAAGGAGGAGAGACGCAAGCUCAAGGAAGAGCGACAACGCCUUAAGGAAGAGCGUAAGAAGCUCAAGGAAGAGCAGAAGAGGCGUCUGGAAGGAGGGUGGCCCCAGUUCAACUACAGGAAGUGGGGUCGGACCAGCAGUGCCAGUGUUGAGGGCACAAGUGACCCAGUCUACCGACCCCUACCCCCUCCCCCACCCGUGCAAGCGCCCAAGAUCACAAAUCACAUGGAUGCGGUGUUUGUCUGCGAUGGUAACAUGAGAGACGGAACUCACGUCCAGCCGGGGACCAAAUUCACCAAGCACUGGGUCAUGCGCAACGAAGGGGCCGGAAACUGGACAUCCAACACUAAGUUGACCCUGAUGUGGGGUACCAUCACAGUGGUGUCGCCCAGCGAGGUGUCGGUACCAUUCCUACAGCCCCAGGAGGAGGGGACUGAAUUCUACCAACACAUAUGAACUUUCAUGCUCAGA